AUGAGAUAUGCGCCUGAGUUCAAGAAGUCCCCCUCGCACCUCCUGAAGAAGUUCGCAGUGUGCGACAUCCCUCUGUACGACAUAUGUGACUACAACGUCAGCCGGGAUCGCUGCAAGGAGCUCGGCUGCUGCUUCUACAAAGGCAUCUGCUACGAGAAGGCCCUGCCCACUUACGUGCAGGUGUUCUCUGCUCUGAUCGUGAUCAUCGCCGGAGCCUUUGUCAUCACCAUCAUUUACAGAGUCAUCCAGGAGAGCAGGAGAGGAAAGGAAGUCCCCACGGAGGCGCCUCUUUCAGCCAAGUCCAGCGUCCAGGUGGAGACGCAGCCGCCCAGCAGCGUGGGGGCGGGCUCGCAGGCCCCGAGCAUGGAGGCCCCGCAGUCCCAGGAGAGUGGCGGGGAGGACGCGAGUCUGUUAGUGACAGAGGAGGAGGAAACAGAGGACUGA